AUGUCUAGAGCACCUAUUAUGAUUGCUGAUUUGAAGCUAGGAAACAAUGUAUGGAAGCUCGCCAUUCGUAUUGUUGAUCUAUGGACUGUAACUGAGCGUAAUGGACAACAACAUUUUGAAUGUGUUAUCCAAGAUAGCAAGGGUGAUAAAAUACACGUCGUUACCCGCAACAGAGAUUUCGAUUUGUGGAAACAGAGGUUACAAGAACAUAUGACUUAUAUGGUUUAUAAUGGUGAUCCAUUAAACAACGAUAUUCCUUUGAAAAUCUGUGAAAAUCCUUUGAAGCUUUUUUUCAAUAGUGGAACCACUGUAACCAUGGUAGAUUUACCAGAAAUACCACCCCAUCAAUUUCAUUUCAAACCCAUCGUCGAUUUUUUACACGGAGAUUUCCAAGUCAACCGCUUAUAUGUAGUCAGGUCUCAAGUUGCAGGGGGCGGAAAGAAGGCUUGUGUCAACAUUACCUUAUCUGAUGAAAUCCACCGGAAAAUGGUACAUCUCAAAUGCUUGGAACGGAUCCAAAUUGCUUCUUGA